CAGCGAGCGCCUGUCAGCUGGAGCUGCUGCCGCAUCCAAGAUGGCGGCAGGGCCGGAGCGGGGCUGAGCAGCGGAGGCGGGGGCUGAGCGGGGCCGCCUCCUCCUCCUCCAAGGCGGCGGGAUGGCUCGGGCGGUCGGAGCCGUGGGCUGGCCUUGAGGCGGGCGAGGAGAGGAGGCGGGGGCGCGAGAAGGCAGGAGCAUGGCGGGCCUCAUCAAGAAGCAGAUCCUGAAGCACCUCUCCAGGUUUACAAAAAACCUUUCACCUGACAAAAUCAACCUGAGCACCUUAAAAGGAGAAGGUCAACUAACCAAUUUGGAGCUUGAUGAAGAAGUGCUUCAGAAUAUGCUGGAUCUUCCUACCUGGCUUGCCAUUAAUAAAGUCUUUUGCAAUAAAGCAUCUAUUAGAAUACCAUGGACAAAAUUGAAAACACAUCCAAUAUGUUUGUCACUGGACAAGGUAAUAAUGGAAAUGAGUACAUGUGAAGAACCUCGUGCCCCUAAUGGACCAUCUCCAAUAGCAACUGCCUCAGGGCAAAGUGGAUAUGGUUUUGCUGAAAAAGUUGUGGAAGGAAUAUCUGUUUCUGUAAACUCAAUCAUCAUCCGAAUUGGAGCAAAAGCUUUCAAUGCAUCAUUUGAACUUUCCCAGCUGAGAAUAUAUAGUGUAAAUGCAAACUGGGAACAUGGUGACCUAAGAUUUACUCGAUUACAAGAGUCCCAACGUGGAGAGGUUUUAACAUUUAAAGAAAUAAAUUGGCAGAUGAUCAGAAUAGAAGCAGAUGCAAUCCAAAGCUCUCAGCAUGAAAUCAUGAGUGCUCCAGUUCGUCUGAUUACUAACCAGUCCAAAAUCAGGGUCACGCUAAAAAGAAGGUUAAAGGAUUGCAAUGUAGUGGCAUCCAAGCUGAUUCUAAUACUGGAUGACUUGCUCUGGGUUUUGACUGAUUCCCAACUGAAAGCUAUGGUACAGUAUGCUAAAUCUCUUAGUGAAGCAAUAGAAAAAUCAGCUGAACAGAGGAAAAGUCUAGCUUCUGAACCCACACAGAAUUCCACUCCUGCAUCCAGCUCUCAACAGGUGAAAACACAACAGUCUUCUGCAGCUACUGAUCAAAAUGAUGCAAUUGUGAAACUAUUCAAUGAUUUUGAUGUUAAGGAAACCUCUUACCAUCUAGCAGUUUCACAUUUGGAUCUGCAUAUAUGUGAUGAUAUUCACUCCAAGGAAAAGGAUGCAAAUAGGCGAAUUUCGGGAGGUGCUAUGCAAUUAUCCUUUAGUCAGUUAACUGUAGACUACUACCCUUUUCACAAAGCAGAUGAUAACUGCAGCCAUUGGAUGCAUUUUAGUGAUGCUACCAAAGCCAGAAGUUUAUGGGCAGAAGAAUUAUUACAGGAGUUCAAAAGCAAUGUUGAAUUGCUUAAGCAGGCUGUGAAGGAUCAAGAUGUAGAUUCUCCCACUAAAUCCUCACCUCAGGAGUCUCCACAGCACAUACAAGCAGGCAAGGAACAAAUACCAAAAGGAGUCACCAAGCCUUCCUCUGUGUCACCUCAGCAACCAAUGGAUAAGCUAAUGUGCAGCCCUGUUGUGGUUAGGCUUGCAGAUGUUAAUAUUUAUCAGGUUUCUACAGCAGAGCAGUAUCGCCGUUCUCCUAAAACUCUUAUUUCUUGUAAUAAGAAGUCUCUGUACCUCCCAUCAGAAAUGCCAGCCAUUCAUAUUGAAUUCACGGAAUACUACUACCCAGAUGUAAAAGACUUUCCUAUUCCAAACUCAAACCUUUACGUUCAGCUAAAUGCUUUGCAGUUCACUCUUGAUGAGAGGAGUAUUCUUUGGCUAAACCAGUUUGUGCUGGACUUGCAACAGAGCCUUAGUCAGUUCAUGGCUAUGUACAAAUUAAAUGACAAUUCAAAGUCGGAAGAACAUGUUGAUGUUCGAGUUGAUGGCUUAAUGAUCAAGUUUAUUAUUCCUUCUGAAAAGAAACCAAAUCAUAGGGAUGGUCCACGUGCAAUUUCUAUACAGAGUUCUGAAAUGAUUGCUACAAACACCAGGCAUUCGCCCAACUGUAGACACUCUGAUUUGGAGGCAGUGUUCCAAAAUUUCAAAGACACUGAAUUUUUCAGCAGGACUUUCACAAAUUUUCCAAAAUCUCCUGACUGUUUUAAUAUUCUUCAUCCAAUCUUUCAGCGCCAUGCCCAUGAACAAGAUACAAAAAUGCAUGACAUCUAUAAAGGUUUUAUCACUCCCCAGCUAAAUAAAUGUGCACUUAAAACAUCUGCUGCUUCUGAUGUCUGGGCAGUGCAUUUCCCCCAGUUUUGGAUAGACUAUGAAGGAAUGAAAAGUGGAAAAGGACGGCCAAUUAGCUUUGUGGAUUCAUUCCCACUUACAUUCUGGAUCUGCCAGCCCACAAAACUUCAACAAUCACUUAAAGAACCCUCUUUGUAUAAUCACAAAGCACUUAACAUUCCAAAAAGUGAGUCCAGUGAGUUUGCUAGUCGAUUGCAUCAUAAAAAACUUCUAAAAGAGUAUUAUAACACUGAAACAGAAGCCUUGGCCAAUGGUAUUGAAAAUCUGUCCACUAAAAAUAGCUCUUUGGGAUCCCAGUCUGCAUGUUUUACAUCUGACGCAGAUGUUCACAUUCUGGUUCACAUCCAAAAGCAUGUGAGCAUGCAGAUCAAUCAUUACCAAUAUCUUUUCUUACUCUACCUCCAAGAUUCCCUUGUGAUGCUCCUUGAUAACCUGAGGAAUGAUGUGGAAACUGUGACAGGGAAACCUGCAAAACAGGCAGAUAUCUGUAUUGGAAUCUUACUAAAAAGUGCUGACGUAGCUCUGUUGCUCCAUCCAGUGAUGCAAGGAGCCAGCUGCAAAUCUCCUGCUUUGGAAGAAGAAAGUCCAAUUGCAUCAGAUCUCUCACCUAUGGGAAAUGGAGAAACACAUGGAUCAGAAAGCAAGCUAGUUCCUCCUCAUUCUGCACAGAUGAGCCAAUCAGAUACUAAUAUUCUAACUGAUUGUCAGUCUGCAAACGCUGAUUUUAACAAAGUCAAUUUGAUAGAUCCACUUUUAAAAUCAGAGAGUGAGAUGGAUUUGCGAAGGGGAAGUUCUUGUUCAGAUGAUACUUCAGAAAAAUUUGGGAAACUAAAUGAUGAAAAUAGUAGUGGACUCUUCAGUCGAAGUGAUUCAGAAGAAAUCUGUGAGUCAUUGAGUGACAAAAGCAGCACAUAUACCAGGGAGCUGGUUAAUAUGUUAAAUUGCAGAGAAGGUUCUAUUGAAAUGCUGAUGGAAAAAGAAGAUGAUAAAAGUGUGAUAACAAAUAAAGAAAGUGGUGCAGGAGGCUCACCAGUCAAAGUUUCAGAGUUAGGAUUGGAUGGUGCUUGGCAGUCCGAAGAACUUGAAAAUGACAGAGAAAAAAUGACCACAGCUAGACCGCUUGUAUUUCAGCCUUCAUUAAGUGGAAAGCCUAAGGAACCCUGCCAGUCCAAUAUCCCUGCAUUCUCUGUUUCUUAUAAGAAUAUGAAGAAGAGUCCAUCACAAGCCUCUUUGGAUACCAUUUCUACUGACAGUAUGUUUUUGGAGGAACACUAUUUGGAAAGUGAUGGAAGUGAUAGUCAAAGUUUUUUGGAAAAAGCUAUCUUGUCAAACAAACCAGUGGAAAACACUCCUCAUGAAAGUGCCGUGGUGGAGAACUGUGGUGGAUCAUCUCCAGAUGUCCUCAGUGCAGCUUCAGAAAGUGCUCCAGAAUCUAGUGAGGAAAUGAUGUCUGUUCUGGUUUUUAAAAUAUUUGGUAUUAAUGGUGAAAUUGACAUCAAAGGUGAAGACACAGAAGUGUGCCUUCAAAUAAACCAGGUCAUCCCAAAUCAAUUAGGCAACAUCAGUGUUCGACAUUAUCUCUGCAAUCGAACAGCAGGUUCUAAUCCUAAAUCUGUGACUGGACCUGUUAAACCAACACCAGAAAUUAAACUGAGAUGGGAAAGUGGACCCAGUGCUGCGAUACAUUCAUUGCUAUCUGAAAAAAAUGGAUUUCUACAAUGUCAUGUGGAAGAUCUGAGUGCUGAUUUCUUAACUUCUACACUUAUGAACAUUCAGAGGUUUUUGGAAGAUGAAAUGCUUGCAGAAGUGAUGCCUAUGAAUAUAAAAAUUUCUAAUUCAAGGAUUAAUUUGAAAGAUGAUAGCCCACGUGACAGUCUGACUGCUCCUGAACCACUCCCAGUAACACUCCACAUUGACCUACUUAUUGUAGAAAGAAAAGAUGAUGGUUCAUUUUGCAUCAGAGAUAACCGAAUACUUGGUAAUGAUGUACCAAAUAGUAAGACAAAUAAAAAUACAGGUGAUGCCAUUUCGGAAGGUAGUACGCACAAAAAUUGGAAUAGUCUGUCCCAAGCCACACAGACAUCUCCAGAAAUUAACAGAUCUUCUAAAAGUUUGAGUGCUGUAUCAGAUUCAGUUAAAGAACAGCUUAUAGAAGAAAAUGAAUGUCUUAAACAGGAAUUAGCCAAAGCUAAGAUGGCUCUUGCUGAAGCUCACAUGGAGAAAGACACUCUGCUUCACCAAAUAAAAAAGAUGAAUACUGAAAAUAAACAGUAGCAGACUACCUGUACUGUAGAAUAAAAAGGGAUGUGUUUCAUUUUUACACUUGAGCUCAGAACAAAAUUUCUGUACUAUAUUGUUCUUCUGGGAAUAUCAACAAAGAAUUAUAAUGUUUUUUCUCUUUUAGACUUGCUUUAUAAUGCAGUGAGGCAGGGAAUAUAAUUUUUUAUUAUAUGUUACUAAUUUGUUUAAUAGAUGGUGGCAUGAAUAAUUGAAUAAAAUGUACCAUGUGUAUAGGGUAUCUUCAUUUGUGAAGAUUAAACUGUUUUGUUGUUAGAAAAAAAAUACUAUGUGGGGGAGAUGAACUUUGCACUAUAAAGACAUUUAGUUAUAAAUUGUCUGCUAUUGCUAGUAAAAUGUGAUGUAACCCUUCAGAGACUGGUCUAAAAACCAGUAGAAUUUGCCUGGGAAGUGUCUUCUGUAUCAUGCACAGACCUUCAAGAUGCGUUAAUACACUGGAACUACUCAAAGGUUUUUGGAAAAGAUGUGUGUUGCUGAAAAUGAGAAAAAAAUCUAGCUGUGCAGAAGUCAUGUUAAUAUUCUGUUCAUCCUUAUUCAUUAUUUUAGGCCAUUGGAGUGCUGCCCAAUCAUCCAGGCAGUGACUUGUAAAAUAAAGUAUCAUUAUUAGAUCGGGGUUUGCUUUCACUAAUGAUUAUUGGUCAUUUGUAGGCAUAAUGCUUACUCUAACUCAAGCCCCAUCUACACUGCCAUUAUAACACAGAUUGAACUGCAUUAUAUGGUUAGUGUAGACUAAACAUAUAAUGCAAUUUAAUUGCACUGAACUGGAUUAUAUAAGUCUACGCUGACCAUAUAAUGCAGCUCAGCCUGCAUUAUAAUGGCAGUAUCAAUGGAGCCUCAGUGAAAUUCACUUACUCUUGAUCUGGUACAAUCUUUAAACAUUUUAUUUUUGUAAAAAGUGUAAUCUAGCUGUACAUUGCACAUUCAAUUGUUAAUCGCUCUAUUGAGUUGGCAAAAUUCCAUACAAUGUAAAAUGUCAUUUUAAAUUAUGAGUUGUAAAAAGACUGAAUUAUAAUUAGCUGAAAACAGCGACAAAUGUAUAAAUAAAAAAUACAAACACAUGCAAAA